AUGUUGUUCUCUGAAUCUCAGCCUGAUGCUGAUCAUAAAGCUGCGAUUACGCCAUGUGAAUGUAGAAGCACGUCUCAGCAUUCCAUUAUCGCUGCUUUUAUGCAUGAAAUUGUGACGGGUGGGAAGGAUAUUGCAAGUUUUCUGGCGCGCCCAUUGAAGCUCAUCUCCGAGACUUUCAUUGAGGUGCAAUUUUACAAUGAAAUUCCUGAUAGAAGAGAGCGACUGGUGGCGACACCCACUCGACGUCCGCCUACGUCGGCCCGUUCUGCGAAAUCCUCACCAAUUCCACCAGUACUGCCUGAAAUACCACCACCACCGUCAAGACAUCGUAAUAAGGGCUUGGAAACUUCAUCUGCAAUGAUGGAAUUAUUUGGCGGAGGAGGUUCAGCAUUUGGAACUUCAUCAGUAUUCGAUAGUAUACCAAAAGCAAGAGAGGCUGGAAAUUUCCAUAGAAAGAAUGUUUUGGAGAAGGAAUCUCAGCAAAUUUCCGAUUGGGAAGCUGUCAAAUAUCCACCCGUGAAGGCUCCCUUCUUCACCGAAAUUGAGGAUUAUGGCACGGCGUACGAACGCCCGAGGAAACGUGGAAAUUGGCGUGCGGCGAACAGCCAAUUUGACCAAGUUGCCCAACCGGGCCCUGAGUUGUUUGAAGACUCUAGCAGUCCUAAUGCAGAGCAACAAAUGGAGCCUGCAUCUUCCGCAGAGACUGGUCUAAUUCAAACAGAAACACCCAAUUUGGGCGAUGAUUGGAAAGAGGCCAAGGACGAAGAGUUAGGAACACCAACGCUUUCGGAGGAGGAAAAAAGGAAGAUGAUGACGAGUGAGCCUGGGCCUGAUUUGGGAGAUGAUGAGGUAGCUUGCUCACGAUUUGCGAAUUUAUAUUAUGACACUGAUUUUUUGGCGGGAACAUAG